AGCAUCCAGAUCAAGUGAGUCAAAAACAAUGGUCAAUAUCAAAUCAAUACAUCCCGUCACUACUCAUAUUCCCAAAAGUUUUGUGCAGAAGAAAACAGAAGAUAUGGAACGCUACAUAAGUGAGGUUAUAAAAAAUAUUCCUGACAGAAUAGUUAUACGCUGCAUUUCCAAAUCUUUGAAGAAUAUUGAAGGUGGGUAUAAAAUUGGUAGGCAAACAAAUAAAGCAGACAUCGAAGAGUUAUUUAGACGCCAAAUAAUUGGUCCAAUCAUGAAAUUCUUUGAGAUGAUAUGGGAUUAUGACAGUACAAGCAAUGAAAAUGCUCUUAGAUGUUGUAAGCAUUUUUCGUUUGCAAGAAUGGCAAACCCAGAGCCUUCAUAUGGAGCUGAUAGAAGAUUGAGGAAUAAUGUUGAACUUAUCACUCCAGAUUUUUCAUUCAUUAAUACUACUCCUAGCACAUAUUCUCGGGGGUAUAAUCUAUAUUUAGCAGAUCAUGAUGAGAAUUCACAAGGACCUGAAGUUGAUCUUGUUUUAAAAGUUGAAAGGCCCUUUGUUUUUCUAGAUACAAUCGGG